AUGAGUCAACUACAAAACGUUAAACGCGAUGAGAAAAAGAAAGAUGUUCCAAGCAAAGUGUCGAAAAAAAGUCCGAAUAAAAAUAUGUCUGAGAUCGACGAACAUAUACUCAAAAGAUUUGAUAUUAAAAAAAGACUUGGUAAAGGAGCCUAUGGAAUAGUGUGGAAGGCUGUAGAUAAAAAGACCAAAGACGUUGUAGCUAUUAAAAAGAUUUUCGACGCUUUUCGCAAUCAAACUGACGCUCAGAGGACGUUUCGCGAGAUCAUAUUUUUACAAUCAUUUCGUAAUCAUCCAAAUAUCGUGAAAUUGCAUAGUAUACACAGGGCGUUAAACAACCGCGAUAUCUACCUCGGUUUCGAGUACAUGGAGACGGAUUUGCACAAUGUCAUCAAAAGGGGUAACAUUCUCCAGGAUAUACAUAAAAGAUAUAUUAUGUACCAGAUGUUGAAGGCGACAAAGUACAUACACUCUGGAAACGUCAUACAUCGGGACCAAAAGCCGAGCAAUGUUCUUAUUGAUAGCGCUUGCAGGGUGAAAUUAGCAGAUUUCGGUCUAGCCAGGUCGGUGUCGUCGAUGUACUCAGGCGGGGAGGAAGGCGCCGACCCGUGCCUUACCGACUACGUCGCGACCCGUUGGUAUAGAGCUCCCGAGAUACUUAUUGCUAGUAAAAACUAUACAAAGGGUAUAGAUAUGUGGUCACUCGGCUGCAUUUUAGGAGAAAUGCUCAUCGGCAAGCCGCUCUUCCCCGGCACCUCUACCGUCAAUCAGAUUGAAAGGAUCAUGGCCGCUUUGCCGAGACCAUCGUCUGAGGAUAUAUCGUCAGUAUGUACGGGAUACGGUUCAUCAUUAAUACGUGAGCAAGCCGCGUCCAGUACGGGAGGAACACUCACCGCCAUACUGUCGUGCGCGCCGAGAGACGCAUCGGAUAUGGUACAGCAAUUGUUAGUGUUCAACCCGGCGAGGCGACUGAGUGCGGAGAGAGCUUUGCACCACGAAUAUGUUUCUAAGUUCCACCGGGAGAAGGAUGAGCCGACGCUAAUGGCAGACGUUCUCCUGCCGCUGCGCGAUGAUAAACAAAUGUCCGUAGAUGAUUACAGGAAUAAAUUGUACAGCAUCAUGGCGAAGGGCUUCCAGAACAGCUCUCUGCCGAGGAAGACACAGUCGAGUAAAUCACAAACUCUAACAACGACCAAAAGCAAAAGCUUCCAAGAAACAUCUGACCCGAAAAUAUAUCAAAAAUCAAAACACAGCGUAUCCGCAGACCAGAAACUACGAAAGCCAAAAACCAUAGAAAAGACCCUAAAGGAGUACAAAUCUGACCAAUGCAUAAAACCCAUGAGGGCGACCAGAAUGUUCGAAUCGAGAGGUCACGAUUGGCUUGACUGUGGCGAUUAUUACCAAAAACCUAUUACAGAUAUGGGAUGUAAUAAAAAUGAGAUGUUUGUAGAAAAGAAGAAUGUACAGCAAAGAAGGAAUUCUACUACUUUUUCGACCAUAAGUAUUGGGGAUGGGGGUUUUUAUGGGGAAAAGCAUGGGGUUAUAACGGCCAGCGCUCUCAUGGACCUAAGGACGAGUAUGAGA